AUGGCUUUCAGAACCUUCGCGGUGUUCCUGAGCUUCGUAGGCGCCUGCGGAGAGGAUGUGGCUGAGGCUUUGGCGUCGGACGACGUCUGCGCCUCUGGGCAGGACUGCAGCCUCGAGCUCAGCCAGUUGCGCGGCAUGAAGGUCCACUACCUGGACGCCUUGAUGGACGACACUGAAGAGAACGAGGAAGAGGCUGUGGAGGUGGAAGAGGAUGCUGAGAUGGAGGGCGGUGGCUGCACCAACUCCCACGACAUUGGCGUUUGGAAGCACGGAGGCAGGAGGAGUUUUGAUGCCGCCUUGAACAGCUGCGGACGUGGCUGCGCUGCUGGCUUCCCAUGCACCAAGGACUGCAUGCAGAGGAAGGGCUACAGUGGCGGCUGUGCAUCUUGCAUGGCUCAGCUGGUAGGCUGCUCCAGGGACCACUGCAUGAACCAGUGCAUCAGCAACGACAAGAGCCCGGCCUGCACGCACUGCGUCAAGUCCAGCUGCCGACCCAAGAUGAAGGCGUGCAGCGGUCUGAACGCCGGUGGCCACUGA